CCGAGGAGAGAAGCCGGGGUCGGGUAUAGAGGGACCGGGUGAAGCUCUCGCGUAGCGGGGAUGGUGGGCCUGCCCCAGCGCGGCCGCAGUUCAGGUCAUUCAGUGUGCCGGCCGACGCGGCCGCAGGUAGCACCCUCCGGCUAGCGGACAAAGGGUUAACGUGCCAGCAGUGCCCGCGGGCCCCGGAUGUGAGAGCCGCGGAGCAGCGUCCCUGAGCCGCGCUGCAGGUGCUCCCGGGCGGGCGGGGCGAGCGGCCUGCGGAGAUAGGACCCACUGGUUGAAGCUCUCUUUCUCCUGCAGGGGCCGCUCGGAUCCCUCCGCAGGUGCCUUAUUUUCCAACUUGAGGGCAACAGGUGGUCCUUGUAGACCCAGGGAGAGCCCGGCUUCGCCGCGCAGGGAGCGGCAGUUACUCUUACCAAUUAGGGUGGGGGGCGGGCGCAGCAUGGCCUCUGAAGCGGGUGACCAAUCGGGUUUGGGCUACGGGGUGGGCCGUGAGGAGUGGGCGUGGCCGGAGUCCGAAUCUACGGCUUCCAGCGCAGCAACGCCAGAGCUGCGUGGAGAGUUUAGCUGUGUGGACGUGGGGUACGUUACCCCAGCAUAAAGACGCCUACCAAUGCUUUCUCAUUUGGACCCAGACUCCAAUUCCGGAGCAGUCUUGUAGCGGGAUCCCCUAGGAAGAGAAGUUCUAAAGCAGUCAGAAGAAAGCAUUUCCAUUUGGAAGAUUUAUUUGCAGCUGGAAAUGGGGAAUGGACUGUCGGACCAGACUUCUAUCCUGUCCAGCCUGCCAUCAUUUCAGUCCUUUCACAUUGUUAUUCUGGGUUUGGACUGUGCUGGAAAGACAACUGUAUUAUACAGGCUGCAGUUCAAUGAAUUUGUAAAUACUGUACCUACCAAAGGAUUUAAUACUGAAAAAAUUAAGGUAACGUUGGGGAAUUCUAAAACAGUUACUUUUCACUUCUGGGAUGUAGGUGGUCAGGAGAAAUUGAGGCCACUGUGGAAGUCAUAUACCAGAUGCACAGAUGGCAUUGUGUUUGUUGUGGACUCUGUUGAUGUUGAAAGGAUGGAAGAAGCCAAAACUGAACUUCAUAAAAUAACUAGGAUAUCAGAAAAUCAAGGAGUCCCUGUACUUAUAGUUGCUAACAAACAAGACUUGAGGAACUCAUUGUCUCUCUCAGAAAUCGAGAAAUUGUUGGCAAUGGGUGAACUGAGCUCAUCAACUCCAUGGCAUUUGCAGCCCACCUGUGCGAUCAUAGGAGAUGGACUAAAGGAAGGACUUGAGAAACUACAUGAUAUGAUAAUUAAAAGAAGAAAAAUGUUGCGCCAACAGAAAAAGAAAAGAUGAAUGGUGACACCUUUUAUAUCUGUGUGGAGUAGGUUUUCUCUGGUCUGAUUUUGACAAAUGGAAAUGUCUACAGCCUGGUUUGCCUGCCUGCCCUCCUGGAUGCUGUUUGUUUUGUUGAACAAUCAGAUGCCCAAUUCUUUUGCCUUGUGGAAGAUGAGUGAAUGCUUCUUAAAGUGGUCUCUUCUCCCUACCCCACAAAUCUUGGUACUAACAUUUUGGAAAGCCAAGCAAGAAUAGUAAAUUGACAAGAAACCAGUUGUGGAAAUUUGAACCUGAAGUUAGUGAAAUAAAACUUAUUGAGGAG